UGGCCUAAGGUUUAAAGUGAGAACUUUCUGCGGGUGACGCCGAGUCGCACAGCCGCUGCCGCGCCGCUCCUGCCCCGCAGCAGCCGCCGCCGUUUUUACCCCCGAGCGGGCCGUACAAUCCUCGGCAGUGUUCUGAGACUGUACGCCCGCCUCGGGGGCGACCCGGCCGAAUCGGACCCCGACCCUCCGAAAGCCAGCCGCCGCCUCCCUCGGGCAGGUGCUGAGCACGCCCCGGCCCGCCCGGCCCGAGAGGCGGCGCAGAAGCCGGCAGCCGCCGCGAUGACAGCUGACAAGGAGAAGAAAAGGAGCAGUUCUGAGAGGAGGAAGGAGAAGUCAAGAGAUGCUGCAAGAUGCAGAAGAAGCAAAGAGACUGAAGUUUUCUAUGAACUGGCACAUGAGCUGCCCCUGCCCCACAACAUCAGUUCCCAUCUGGACAAGGCAUCCAUAAUGCGCCUGGCAAUCAGUUUCCUACGAACUCACAAGCUUCUGUCUUCAGUAUGUGCUGACACCGAGAAUGAACUCGAGGCAGACCAGCAGAUGGACAACUUGUACCUGAAAGCUUUGGAGGGAUUUAUUGCUGUGGUGACACAGGAUGGAGACAUGAUCUUUUUGUCAGAGAAUGUCAACAAAUACAUGGGUCUAACCCAGGUGGAAUUAACUGGGCACAGCAUUUUUGACUUCACUCAUCCAUGUGACCAUGAGGAAAUUCGGGAGAAUCUGAGUCUGAAAAAUGGUCCAGGCUUUGGGAAGAAACACAAAGAGAUGUCAACCGAGCGUGACUUCUUCAUGAGGAUGAAAUGCACCGUUACUAACAGAGGCAGAACUGUUAACCUCAAGUCUGCCACGUGGAAGGUUUUGCACUGCACUGGACAAGUUAAAGUGUAUAACACGUGCCCUCCGCACUCUCUGUGUGGUUAUAAAGAGCCUCUUCUCACCUGCCUUAUAAUCAUGUGUGAGCCUAUUCAGCAUCCAUCAAACAUCGACAUUCCCCUGGACAGCAAGACCUUUCUGAGUCGCCACAGCAUGGACAUGAAAUUUACCUACUGUGAUGACAGAAUAACAGAGUUGAUUGGAUACCAUCCAGAGGAGCUGCUGGGCCGUUCAGCGUAUGAGUUCUACCAUGCCUUGGACUCAGAGAGUAUGACCAAAAGUCACCAGAACUUGUGUACAAAAGGUCAAGUAGUGACAGGCCAGUACCGGAUGCUUGCCAAGCAUGGAGGAUACGUAUGGCUGGAGACUCAAGGCACAGUGAUUUACAACACUCGCAACUUGCAGCCUCAGUGUAUCGUCUGCGUCAACUACGUGCUGAGUGAAAUUGAGAAGAAUGAUGUUGUGUUCUCCAUGGACCAAACGGAAUCGCUCUUCAAGCCUCACCUACUGACCAUCUAUGAGAGUGGCAUCCCUGGGACAGAGAAGAGUGACUUCCUGUUUACCAAGUUAAAGGAGGAACCAGAGGAACUUGCUCAGCUGGCACCAACACCUGGCGAUGCCAUUAUUUCCCUGGAUUUUGAACUCCAUCCAGCGACGCAGAAGUUUGAGAAAGCUCCUGCCUUCACCAGUGCUGUCUCAACACCAAACAAAGCAUGGCCAGCGGAAGUGAAAAGCCACGCUGCUGAAGGUGAAACACUUCUGAUACCAUCCUUUACAAUGCCUCAGAUUACAGCUGGCAGCAGUACUCCGAGUGCAAGCAGCAACAGUAGCUGUUCCACGCCAAGCAGCCCAGGCGAUUAUUACAGUUCUGUUGAUGAAGAUCUUAAGAUUGAGGUGAUUGAAAAACUUUUUGCCAUGGACACAGAAUCAAAAAGUCAGUGCACCUCCCAGACUGACUUCAAUGAACUGGACCUUGAAACCUUGGCUCCUUACAUUCCCAUGGAUGGAGAAGAUUUCCAGCUCAGCCCAAUCUGCCAAGAAGAAUGUCCUCUCUCUGAAAGUGCACAAAAUACCCAGCAGAGCCUAAGUAACAUGACCACCAUCUUCCAACCUCUUGCUUCUGCUUCACAGAAUCAGUUCCUCCCAGAGAAAUACUGCCCACAGCUGUCAAACAAAAACAUUAACUCUGGGCAGGGGUCUCUGUCGCCAGUGUUCUUCAACAAUGUCAGCAGGUCAUUGCUGCCGCCAUACCACAAUCAAGCCAGCACUCCGCUGUCUUCGAUGGGAGGAAGACCAAAUACCCAGUGGCCACCUGACCCCCCAUUAGAAUAUGUUCCCACUAAAUGGAGACUUAUGGAUAAAUACUCAGGAUCCCUAUCAAAUUCCUCAGGGCCACCAAUACAUUCUCCAAGCAUGCCCAUGUAUAAGAAAAGACCCCUGGAUGGUUUUGGGCAACAAGGCAUAGAUGUAAACCCAGCAAGGAUUGCACUGUCUAACAGUUUGAAGCUGAAGCGACAACAAGAUUAUGAAGAACAAGCACUGCAACAGCUGAGUGGGGGAGAUCCAUCUGUCAUUAAUCCAUCUCACCUCAUGUGGAAGAGAAUGAAAUUCCUCAAAGGGGAAAACCGUUCCUUGAUUACUGAAAAGAAGUCCCUCAGCACAAGUGUUCUCACUGAUGAGUUUGUCUGUAACCCAAGAGGUCUGAGCCAACCAGUGAGUCAAAUGGAGCAGCAUCAACAGCACCAGGAACAACAUCCACCCACCCGUGGCAGUCCUGGCGAGAAUUUGAAAGCAGGAGCAUUUCCCUCUCCAUUUUACAGUUCCCAUUAUCAGGACUAUACUGUCCAGCCAGCUCAUAAAGCAUCAGGUGUGACCAGUCGACUGCUGGGGCCCUCGUUUGAACCCUACUUGUUGCCCGAGUUGACAAGAUAUGACUGUGAGGUGAACGUCCCUGUUUUGGGCAGCUCUACGCUUCUGCAGGGCAGUGAACUGCUCAGAGCACUGGACCAGGCAACCUGACCAAGCCUUCAAUAUUCUGUGGCCUAUACAGCUCAAAACAGCUUCAGUUUUUAAAUCUAUUUUUGCAAGUAACAAUUUCUAAUAACCCAUUCACUUUUACAGGAUUUUACUUAGAUAUCAAACCUCUCCACAUUACCAAAUAGUGGCCUUCUGAAGUUACUCACUUUAUUAUGCAUAUUAAAGAAAUACAUCUACUGUUUUUUCCUCUGUUGCAAUUAAAGUGCCAUUUAGAGAGUUUGAUUACCCUCCCCUUAGCUCGUUACCUGUAAUUUAUACGCUGACGUUUUCUUCAGCUUUCAUGCUAAUAAAAAGCUGUGGUGUAAAUGCCUCAUCAUGUGCUACUUUGGCUGCAGUACAGCAAAAAUUCACUUCUCUUGCCAAAGAUGAAUGAAACAAAUUUGAUUUGCAACCACAGUUUUUUGUUGAUCUGCCAAAUUGAUAUCCUUUGAGUCUUUCUGUUUUCCAGCAUUUAUGGUAUUUAAUUUUAAUAACCUCUAGAAAAGUAUACUCAAGAAAAAUCCCAGCCUUAUGCCUCCCCCUUUCCCCCUCAUUUUUAUACACUUUGUUGAAAGAAAUGUGAAUGGUGAACUACAAUGUUUGUGGGUAUCUGUGAAAGUUGCACAUUGUAAGCUUCCCUUCCCCCCUCCCCCAGAAGCAAGCCACAUUCUCAGCUGCCUUAAUCUGGUUUAGCUCUACAGCCAAGGGAGUCCUACAGAUUUACACCAGUGGAGGCCAUAAACCUGUGUUUUGAUUUGUGUUGGAGUUUCUUGGUUUGUUGUGUUAUUUCUUUCUUUUUGUUAUUCCCUUUGAUUUCUCUCUGGGUCAGUUGUUAAUCAUCUCUUGGUACUCUUGCUGUAUCUAGGACACAAAGAGCUGUUUCUGCUAGAACUAGUAGUAUUUGUUAAUGGUGUUACUGACAUUUCAGGACUCUGACCAGCAGCCAGUACUAACACCUCUGAUUAACGUUACUCUUUUUUCAUUUUAUAUGCUAGCAAUAUUGAAUCUUUAAAAUUAGAACUUAAAGUGAUAUUUCUCAGCAUAUUAGGCUAACUCAGUUACAAGUAGACAAAAAGAACUGACGAUUGUGUAGUGAAUUGAACAGCUGGCAGGCUUUGGAUGCUUUCAAAGGCAAAGGGAUUCAAAAGUUUAAAACACAACAUAUUUUAAAUGUUAAAAUAGUAAUAAGAUGCAAGUGAGCAGUUCUGACUAAAACACAUGCAGACCUAGAUAUAGGGUGGGAUACAUCAUCUUGUUUCCUCCACUGGUAUAAAUCAUCAUUAGUCUUUACUGAAGGAGGAGCAGUGGCAACAUACAAGAUGUAAAAAUCUGGCCCAGAAACUUAGAACAAAGGAAGUGUUUUGAGCCUUCUGAUUACCGAAGCCUAGCUUUAAAAAUUGCUUUUAUCAUGCACUGACACUUGCAGAGAGGGAGCCUUGGAUUCACAGAGCACCUCCAGGUUUGCUGUGUUGAGUCUUAACCACACACACUUAGAAAAGCUAAAGACCUAUUGGUACAUAACAUAAAAAAUCACAGUCCCUGUUGCAGGCAGUCUUUGAAGAGUGUAUCACAAAACAGAAUCUGUUCUAGAGUGAAGUUAUGACUGUGUGGGGAAAAAAACCUAUUGUAAGCCUCAAAAUCUGAUCAAAAUUGGCAAGCCAGAGCUGGCAAAUCUGCAGUGGCAAGGACUUAAAGGCUUCAAGGAUUAAAGACACUUGAAUACUGCUCUUUUAUUUCUUAUUUGUGUAGUUUGAGCAUUAAAAAUGUUAUACCCUAACAGUUUACUAAAACCCACUGAAAAGAAUAUUUCAUGUCUUUAAUAUUAAUCAUACUUUUUAUCAUAAUUAUUUCAUGAUCUAUAUUGCUGAGUUCUUAUUGACAACAUUAUAACUGUAUGGGAACUUUAACUUGAUAAGGAAAUGUAUUUUGACACUUGAUACCUUAUUAAAGUAUACUGAUCCUAAAUUCUCUGUGACUCGCUUGCGAUGAAUUUAUCUGUUGUAUCAUUGUAAAACAAAAAGUAUUUAUUAAAUUAUUUAUAGAAAAUAAA